AUGGCUUCGAUCUCUCUUCCUCUGCCGCCUCAACACUCGUCAGCGUUUUCUCAACACUUCGAACCGCUCGGUCAACCUCCCAGCGGACGUAGCCGCCGCCAUCUAGCCAUGUCAACGCCGCUUCCGAAUCCUCCAUUUGUCUUCCCCGCCCGAGAACCAGACGCAAUGCCUCCGACGGCCGAGCCUCCAUCGAAUGCCCGUCAUUCACUUCCGGCCUUCUCCUUCAAUCCGGGUGCGGUACAGUCUACACAACCCACGUUGCCCACACCCCCGCCGAACCGACCGGUCGGACAUCGUCGACGAUGCAGCGAAUUUGUCGGCGGUGAACACAUGGUCGGUCCUGGGACGGUGGAAGCCGGCCAGAAAGCUGAGGACCCAACGCCCGUACCCGGGCCUGCCAAACUCCCUGCUCCGGGACCCGGUUUCUCUGCGGUCGGUCCCGGAAGGCGUCGCCAUGCCCAUCGUCGCUCGGAGGCUGUCUCUAGCGUGGACCUGACCGCUAUCACCAAUGCGUUUGGCCCUGCAGGCUUGAUCGGGAGCGCCCCAUGCACACCAGCAGACGGAAUGCGGGAUCCCGGCACCUCAGACACCCCCCACAAACCGAUCUCCUACUCGGCAACCGCUCUAAGUAGACCGACUCCGCCCGCCUCUCCCCAAAUCACAAUCAAUGGGCAACCCUCAAACCUUUCGGACUCUGAAACUCCCUUCGUUUUCCCCGCGGUCGAACGACCGCUAUCCGAAGUCUCGAGGGACUCCGAAAGCACAAUCCAACCACCCAAUGUCGUUAGAAAUAAUGACCCCCCGCCCUCCUCAGCAAACGAAACGUCGUUUCGCACAAGUCAGAAACCCAAGCCUCGUCCGAGGACCGCAGAUGCGUCUCUGAUGCUGGAUUCGAGCGGAAGUGACGAUUUCUCGCGAGCAAAACGGCCCCUUUCGGCUGCCGGUCACUCGCGGUUCCGCAAGAGCAUGUCCGCAGGGAUCCUCGAUGCAGCACUGAGGAAGAAUGGAGAAAUGGGUGACGGCAGCCGCUGGUCCGAAACCCCGAGAAAUUCAUCAUCUGAUGACGACUCUUUGACAUCUGUCGAGGAUCAAGGAACGUCAAAGAAGAGCUCCAAGGCGAAAAAGCGACAGAAAAAGGUUCGCUCGUGGGCGGGGGCAAUCUUGACGAGAGGCAAGGGCAAGCGAACGCACUCGAAACCUGAUACAGGGCCCAAAUCAGCCCCUCCGCCUGUACUUACCCGGACCAAUUCGGACCUUGGCUCAGGCCUGGACGUGGAUUUUGACGAUGACACCGUUGUUGUCAUUCGGACUCCUACGAAUCCCACCGCCCCGGUUUCCCUUGUCGACACUGACGAAGUCGAUGGGCAGCCGUCGCUGGAGAGCUCUUGGAAACCCAGGAGCUUUUACGAACAAGGCACGCAUAACGAUGCUUUGAGCCCGAUUAUCGAUCUGGACGCUGCGUUGGGCCCGUUCAACACACCGGAUAUGCGAUCUGGCAAUGUCCCUGAGACUGGGUUUUCGGCGGCGACAAAGCGCAUGUACAGCGGUGGUCGACGGGGCGAGUUUGUUGGCCCAGAGAUGCGCUAUCAUCGGCGCGCAGAAAGCGCUCCGGAAAUGCCGCCUUUCGACCGCAGCUUCUUGAACAACCGAUUGGCUAACAAUUCGGCGAUGGAAAAUCCCGACGUUUUCUACGAGGAGGAAGAGGAUGCCUUUUUGGCGGCUACAAGCGAAAGUGAUGAGCAAGCAUCGUCACGAACGGUCGCAGGCGAUGCCGAUAAGCAGUCGCUGGGAAGCAAGGAAAGCUCUGAUACACUCACCCGUCAAGCGGGGGAUAGCUCAACCGAUCCGCAACAGGCUGGCCUUGGGAUCCAAAAGCACGAAAUGGCCGGCGCCCCGGAUUCCCCCAUCACAUCGACAACCAAGGAAGCCCCCAAACCUGCAGAGCCACCGACUGCUGCCGAUCAACUGCGGAAUGCAAGAAACCCCUUUUCCAACCAGCCGAGAAGUCCGGUGGAGUUGGUCAAGCAAGAAGAGUGGCUCCGCAAAGUGCCGGUACCUCCUAGUCCGGACAUUUCACCUCGUUUCUUGCCUGCAGAUCAUCGGCCUGCGACAUCACCGAUGGAGUUCACCCCCAAUAUACCCCCGCUGUCUCUCCAGGGCGUCAGUUCCGCUUCGAACUCUUCCUUUCCAUCUCCAGACUUCCCUGGCUCGUCUCCCGAUUUCCCGCGUUCGAUCACCACUUCGUCUACCACCGAUCGUAACUUUUCGAAUCCCUCUUACAAUCCGUCAAUGGAGUUUCCUCAUGCAUCUGCCGACGAUGUACCAUCGCUGACCAGCAGUGCGUCAACGACCACCAACACGUUGAACCGGUUCUCCGCGACAUUUUUCCAGCGGCCUCGGUUAUCAACCGACCGUGCGGCAUCUUUCUCCGCCGCAGUCCACCGACGAACCAGUCAAGCCAAUGCUCCUAAGCGCUCCAGCCUCGCCAGUCUAUCGAAGCUGGUCGUUGGGCCUCACGCUGAAAGGAGUAAGCUAAGUCACGAGGAAAAGCCGCCUAGUGACGAACCUGAAAAGUCUAAGAAGAAGGGUCGCCGGAUUAGUCGAUUGAUGCACUUUUGGAGAACGAAGGACAAGGACCGGUUGAACGAUAAUUCUUUUCAGGAAGAACGACCAUCAUGA